UUGCGCCAAAUCAACGACCCCACAUUCAAAAUUUUUCGCACCCACACUUUCUCUCUCUCUCUCUCUCCCUCCCCUCCCUUAAACUUCUCUCCUUCUUCCCAUGCCACCUUCCCCUUCCUUCCCAUCAGAGAACCGAACCAAAUGGAGGAAGAAGCGAAAGAGGGAAUCCCAAAUCAGUAAGCGCCAUCAGAAGCAUCUCGACGACGACCAAGACGAAGAAGAUAACCAAACCAAUGCGGCGGAGGAAGACCGCGAAGACGAUUCCGACGACCAAUUAUCCGCGAAUCCGAAGCCUCCCGUCGAGAUCGAGUCGCUGUCCCUCGACGGAGUCCAGAUUUCGCAGUUCCCGGCGGUGAUCAAGCGCGCCGUGAACCGCCCCCACUCGUCGGUUAUGGCGAUUGUGGCUCUGGAGCGAGCCAACGAGUCUGGCGAUUGCAAGGUUCAGUUGCAGCAGAAUGUUCCCGUUCUGGAGAAUGUGUCUCACGGGCAGCUUCAGAUUUUGUCGUCGGUGCCCGCCGAUAGCCUCGCCUUGGAUUCGGAGGGCGGUGGUGAUGGCAGUAACUCGAGCUGCAUUGUCGCUCCGCCGCCGAUUUUGGAAGGUCCCGGCGUCGUUAAGCGAUUUGGGAGUAGGGUUCUUGUAGUCCCUAUGCAUUCAGAUUGGUUUUCACCAGCCACUGUGCAUCGACUUGAGAGACAAGCAGUGCCACAUUUCUUCUCUGGAAAGUCACCAGAACAUACUCCAGAGAGGUACAUGGAGUGUAGGAACUACAUAGUUGCAAGAUACAUGGAGGACCCAGGGAAGAGGAUUGCAGUCUCUAACUGCCACAGGUUGUUGGUUGGUGUUGGUAAUGAAGAUUUAAAUCAAAUUUUCAGGUUCCUUGAUCACUGGGGAAUUAUCAAUUACUGUGCUGAGGGGCCAAGCCUCGAGCAUUGGGACAGCGAGAUUUGCCUGAAGGAGGAAACAAGUGGUGCAAUCUGUGUGCCAUCAGCUGCUUUAAAAUCCUUAGAUAGUUUGAUCAAAUUUGACAAGCCCAAAUGUAAAUUCAAAGCUAACGAAAUUUAUUCAUCGCUGACGACACACAAUGGCAAUAUUUCCGAUUUGGAUGACAGAAUAAGAGAGCAUCUAUCUGAAAAUCAUUGCAAUUGUUGUUCUCGUCCUCUUCCAAUUAUAUACUAUCAGUCACAAAAAGAGGUUGAUAUUUUUCUGUGCACUGAUUGCUUUCAUGACGGUAGAUUUAUCACUGGUCAUUCUAGUAUAGAUUUUAUAAGGGUGGAUUCAACAAUGGAUUAUGGUGAUCAAGAUGGGGAUAGUUGGACUGAUCAAGAAACUUUGCUGCUGCUUGAAGCAAUGGAGAUUUACAAUGACAGUUGGAAUGACAUUGCCGAGCAUGUAGGUACUAAGUCAAAAGCACAAUGCAUUCUUCAUUUUCUCCGUUUACCCAUGGAAGAUGGAAAGUUAGAAAAUAUCAAUGUUUCAAGCAUGUCUUUGUCAUCCAAUGUGAUAAAUAGAGAUGAUAGUGGAAGACUGCAUCGCUGCUUAAAUGGGGAUUCUGCAGGACCUGUACAUGGCAGCACAGAUUCUGAUGACAGGCUUCCUUUUGUAAAUUCUGGAAAUCCAGUUAUGGCUCUGGUUGCCUUUUUAGCCUCUGCUGUUGGACCAAGAGUAGCCGCAGCUUGUGCUCAUGCUGCAUUAGCGGCAUUGUCAGAGAAUAAUUCUGGCAGCAUGUCACAAAUAGAAGCACUGGAACAUGAUAAUAGGACGAAUCCAGAAAGCAUACAUAGUAGAGAUGGUGGCUCUCAUGGAGAAAUUGCAAUUUCAAAUGAGGACAAGGCAAAAAUGCUUGGUUCACGGGGUCAAAAUGAUGGUGGGGCCACCCCACUAUCUGCGGAGAAAGUCAAACGCGCUGCUAGAGCAGGCCUCUCUGCUGCAGCAAUGAAAGCCAAAUUGUUUGCCGAUCAUGAAGAACGAGAAAUUCAGAGGCUAUGUGCUAAUAUUGUUAAUAAUCAGUUGAAAAGAUUGGACUUGAAGCUGAGGCAGUUCACAGAAAUUGACACAUUGUUGAUGAAAGAAUGUGAACAAGUUGAGAAGGUGAGAGAGAGGUUUGCCGCUGAACGGUCCCGUGUUAUAUCAGCACGUCUUGGAACUGGUGGAGCCACUCCUCCAAUGAAUGUAGCAGGUGUUGGUCCUUCCAUGGUUAACAAUAAUAGCAGUAAUAGGCAACAAAUGAUGCCUGCUUCUUCCUCACAGCCUAGCAUCUCAGGGUAUGGUAACAGCCAAGCAGUUCAUCCACACAUGUCCUUUGUCCCACGGCCUUCAAUGUUUGGUUUGGGGCAAAGGUUGCCCUUUUCUAUGAUACAACAAUCACAAUCAGUUCCUUCAAAUGCGAUGUUCAAUGCCCCUGCUAACAUGCAGCCUUCUCCCAAUCAUCCGUUGUUGAGGUCUGUAUCAGGGACUAACUCCGGUUUAGGUUAACUGGGGGAGUAGAUGUUAGUUUUGGAGCUUCAUCGUACAAUUUUGUUUGGGCAUUGUGUUCAGCAGUGAAGAGUAAAUUAGGUUGAUGUUUCAGGAAAAUUGUUUAGAUUUUAGGGUAAUUGGUUGCAGUUGAUUAUAGAAGUGUUGCUUAAAGGAAAUAAUUAGCAUUUGAUGUUCGACAGUUCUUGUUUCUUUCCUAUAGUGCUGCACUUUAGAGAACAUCAGAAGUUUAUUGUCAUCAAAGGAAACAGA